AUGGACAGCAAUAACACAGAAGGAAGCACGCAUGAUAUUGAGGAGUAUAAAGCGCUUACCACAGUUUUGAGUGCCCACCUGGGAUACAAGGCAUGGGCUCUUAGAGAGAUUGUGAAUCCCAAAAAAUUGAAAUUUGACUCAUUAGCUGACGACGAAAAGACGCUGAUAAGCUGGUUUCCAGAUUACACAGUACAACUCGAACACUCAGCAGCUUUGAACGGUCAGUAUUUUGAACUUGUAGCCAACUCAAUGGGCCCUUCUUGGGGUGCAGGCGAGCCUCAGACUUGGUUUCCGGAAACAUCGGCAGACUUGAACCGUCUUCUCGGCAUGAUGAGUCAAUACGUUCGUGAAUGGUCCAGCGACGGGGAAGAAGAGCGUGAGAUAUCUUUUGGCCGGAUUCUUGGUGCUGCCGAAAGGCUUUUUCCUGACAUUGACUCGAGACCGGAUGUCGAAGUACUAGUGCCUGGAGCAGGUCUUGGCCGAUUAUUAGUAGAGUUCGUCAAAAGGGGAUUCCGAACUCAAGGAAACGAGAUCUCAUAUCACAUGCUACUCAACUCCAACUUUAUACUUAACAACACCUACUGUGAAAACAAUUUUGCAUUGUGCCCGUUCAUCCACAAAAGCUCUAAUGUUGAAAAGAGAAAUUAUCAGUGUCGUCAAAUAUAUUUCCCUGACUUUAACCCUUCCGAUAUGUCGAGGAUAACUGAAGAUCAUCCAUCGAUUCCCGUUGAAGAACUAAUGUCUAUGGUUGCUGGCGGAUUCACUGACUUAUACGGGCCCUUCAAUAAGAACAAAAUUAGUGAUUUAGUUACUGAUGAUCCUCUGGCAAUGGAGUUCCGAGAAGAAAAUUCGGGCAAGUUCAAAAUAGUGGCAACAUGUUUUUUCUUAGAUACCGCAACCAACAUCAUAGAUUACCUUAGAACUAUAAAACACUGUUUGUGUGAUGACGGCUACUGGAUAAAUUUUGGACCUUUACUGUGGCAUUUUGAAAAUGACGACAACGCGUACAAUGUAAAAGUUCAAGCUGCAGAUGGGAAAGUAAUUGACGUCCCAACCCCAUUAAAGGGAUUAGAACUGUCACGGGACGAUAUAUUAAAUUUGGUGACGGAUUUAGGGUUCGAGUUUGUGGAACACGAAAGCGGAAUAGAGUCUUCCUAUGCUGGUGAUGCUAAAUCUUUAGGUAACUGGAAAUACAAAUGCGAAUAUUGGGUUUGCCGAAAGAAAAAAUAA